AUGAGAAUCGCUGAGAGCAAGACUCGGCUUGUCCGCGAACGCAUAUCAGAACUAUGCUUGUACAGCUCUGCUAGGCUUGCGCAUGACUAUCUAUGUCGCUAUGGCGUACCGCGCAGUCUCAUCAUAUUGCGUGUGCACUCUCCCAAGAACGAACAGGGCCACCAUCGCAAACUUCCUUUCGGACUAUUCGACGCGACACAAAAGCUCUGCGUGUUAGAGUUCAACUCUAACUGUCGCCUUCACCAUGAAGCACAACUACCCGAGGCUCUGACAUCGUUGAAUCUGCGCGGUGUUCCGAAGAUGCACCGCUUAUUCCAUCAUCUCCUGUCACUCCGAACGUUGAAACACCUCGCUCUCGAUUUCUUGUCUGCAACCGCCCGCUCUCCUGUGAACAGCUCAAAGAGUAUAGUGUUACCCACACUCGUCUCGUUGGACGUUGCAUGCGAAGCCGGCUCGGGAGUCGCAGAGGAGUUCUUCUCGUCCGUCUCCUUUCCGAGCACGACGAGCGUGGUCCUCGGUCUAUGUGUCACAUCGGACGACCAUACAUCAAUCCAUAGUGCGCUCGCUAGCGGCAUCCGACACGUCGCGCGACAGACCCUACCCCUCCUCAGUUUGUCGGGAUCCGCAGACUGGAAGUACUAUGAACCUGGUGCAAUCACUCUAUCCUGUUAUUCAUGGCUGCGUGCCCCCUCCACCCAGAACCAACCAGCUCUUCCGCCGAUUCUGACUCUGAAAAUGUGGUGGCCCGAUAAUCAUCCGAUCAAUCACAAUACAGCCUUUCAGUAUGUGCUCGACAGUCUCCCGACUCAUGACGUUCAAGAGGUCCAUCUUCAUGCACCCGGUCCUUGGAUAUACAAACCCGACGACCAGUCCAUCUCGAAGCCUGCAGGGCUAUCCGAGAUCGCAACGGCCAUCCCAGGGGUGACGACAUUACUCUUGUCCGGUCCUUUGACAACCCUCCUCGAGCCCCUUUACCCUGGACCAGCGUCCCAAAUCGCUCGCGUUGUAGCAGAGAGACACGAAUGGAGGAAGUUGCAGGAUUUCAGGAUAUCCUCCGUCCUCGCUUGUCGCCAGAGAGCCAACGCUCCGACACUGAACAUCGAGCUAUGCGACGACGCGGGUGUAUUUGCUGGGAACAUCCUGGAACACAUUCAAUGGUCAUGA